AUGACAGCCAACGGCACACACAAGCGCAACCCCCUCCCUAGGGGAGUCUACGUACCCACCGUAGCCUUCUUCCAACCCAACGAGGACCUCGAUCUGGCCACCACCGAGAAACACGCCACCUACCUCGCCAACAGCGGCGUCACCGGCCUCGUCACCCAAGGCUCCAACGGUGAAGCUGUGCACCUCGACCGCGAAGAACGCAAAGCCAUCACAAGCGCUACACGUCGCGCCGUCGAUGCCGCCGGCUACCCACACAUGCCCAUCAUUGCAGGCUGCGGCGCCGCGUCUACCCGCGAGACCAUCCAGCUCUGCCAGGACUCCGGCGCCGCGGGUGCCGACGCAGUCCUCGUCCUACCACCCAGCUACUACAAGGGCCUAGUCAACACUGAGGCUCUGCAUGCACACUUCAUCGCCGUGGCGGAUUCUUCGCCCGUCCCCGUGCUCAUUUAUAACUUCCCCGGCGCAUCGUCGGGUCUCGAUCUCUCCUCGGACGAUAUCCUGGCUCUGGCCAAACACCCCAAUAUCAUCGGCUGCAAGCUGACCUGUGGUAAUACGGGUAAACUGGCGCGUGUAGCGGCUGGCUCCAAGCCUGAGUUCAUCACCUUUGGUGGUUCGGCGGAUUUCACGCUGCAGACUCUUGUUGCGGGUGGUGAUGGUAUCAUCGGGGGUACCGCUAAUUUGAUCCCCCGGGCGUGCGUGCGCCUGAUGGAGUUAUAUGGCAGUGGGAAGGUGGAGGAGGCGCAGAAGGUGCAGGCGAUUGUGGCUCGGACGGAUUGGGCGGCCAUUCAUGGGGGGUUUAUUGCGGUGAAGAGUGCGCUGCAAUCGUAUCGUGGAUAUGGGGCUCUGCCGCGGCGGCCGUGUGUGGUGCCUAGUGAGACUGCGGCGGCGGCGAUUCAUGAGGAGUUCCGGGAGGGUAUGGAGUUGGAGGCAUCUUUGGGGAAGUCGGCUUAG